GAUAGUGUGACAGAGUUUCUCUCUAUAUUUAUUUUGCACUUUAUUCCAUUCAAAAUUUCAUUACUUUGCUUUUUUACUGAUAACGAGGUGUGCUGCUGCUCUCUUUAUUUUUCUAACAAAGUAAAGAGAAGGAAGAGAGAGAGACAGAAGGGGCUGCUUUGCCUUUGCCUUUGCUUGUGUUUGUCUUACGAGCUUUCUCUCUCUAGACUUUCUUCCCCUUGCUUUCUCUUUAUGUUUGCCCACAUUGUCUUGUUAUAGCUUCAAGAAUCUCCCUUCUCUUCAUAUUAUUUCCUAGCAUUAAAGUGUUGUCUCUAUCUCUCUCUUUUUCUUUUAUAUUAUUCGUUGGAGCUUCAUGUUUUCUGGGUUUUUUGAGCUUGUUUCUUUGCUUUCACUUACUGGGAACAAGAAACUAAGGCAAACCCAUUUCUUGUUUAGCUCUCUUUGCUUUAGCUUUAGCCUUUGAUUUUGAGGAAGGUGAAGGUAGGGGACUUGGGACAUUUGUUUUCUUAGUUGAAGAUUAUCUGGGAUCAAAUAAUUCAGCUUGUUUUUAAUCUAAGUUAAAAAAGGCCUGAAAUCGGGGAAGGAUCGGUGGAGUUUGCUGCCUAUAUGGGGUUGUAGUAAGUAGCAACAGUGUUUUUUUUUCUUGGUGAUUGUUAGCAAAGUUGAGAGUUUCGGGAAUAGUAAAAAAGAGUAAAUUUGGAGGUGUAUGAAGCAAAAGUCCAACAAUGAGAGAUGGGAAAGCCAAGAAAAGCAAGCUCUCAUGGUCCAAAAAGAUGGUCAGAAAAUGGUUCAAUAUCAAGAGCAAAACUGAGGAUUUUCAAGCAGAUGAUCAUGUUUGUGGAGGAGGAGGUGAAGUGGAAUACAGGACUAGCUUCUCAGAAAGGGAGCCAUGCACAAUCAAAAAGAGUAAAACAGAAAAAUUUAGUAGGAAUACGGAGCAAAGUCGGAGCCGGAGAGGGAGAAUGAAUCUUGAUCACCCUCGAAUCAUAGAUGUCGAAAAUUAUAGCAUUUUUGCAUCUACAUGGAAUGUGGCCGGAAGAUCGCCACCGAGUAAUUUGAAUCUAGAAGAUUUGCUUCAUGCAUCAUCUCCUGCAGAUAUAUAUGUCCUUGGGUUUCAAGAGAUAGUUCCUUUGAAUGCUGGGAAUAUUUUGGGCGCAGAAGACAAUGGUCCGGCCAAAAAAUGGUUGUCUCUCAUUAGGAAGACUCUUAACAAUCUUCCCGGAACAAGUGGAGGUGGGGGUUGCUAUACACCAUCUCCUGUUCCUCAGCCUAUUGUGGAGAUGGAUGCUGAUUUUGAAGGGUCAUCUAGGCAGAAGAAUCCGUCUUUCUUUCACCGCAGAUCGUUCCAGACAACCAGCAGUUGGAGAAUGGACAAUGAUCCCUCGAUUCCACAACCACGACUUGACAGGCGGUUCAGUGUUUGUGAUAGGGUAAUAUUUGGUCAUAGGCCAAGUGACUAUGAUUCUAGUUAUAGAUGGGGUAAUAGGCCCAGUGAUUACUCCCGGCCUAGCGAUUACUCUAGACCUAGUGAUUACUCCAGAUGGGGUUCAUCAGAUGAUGAUAAUGGAAUCACAGAAUCACCAAGUACUGUAUUGCACUCGCCAAUGUCCUAUGGUGGAUCUGCAUCGAAUGAACCGGGAUAUAGGAUGCCUGGACAUUCAAGGUACUGCUUAGUGGCUAGUAAGCAAAUGGUUGGUAUAUUUAUCACAAUUUGGGUGAGAAGCGAGUUGAGAGAUCAUGUUAAAAACAUGAAAGUAUCUUGUGUUGGCAGAGGAUUGAUGGGUUAUCUUGGAAAUAAGGGUUCUAUAUCUGUCAGUAUGUUGGUACAUCAAACAAGCUUUUGCUUCAUUUGCACUCAUUUAACUUCGGGACAAAAGGAGGGUGAUGAGCUAAGGAGAAACUCGGAUGUUAUGGAGAUUCUUAAGAAGACGAGGUUUCCACGGGUUCAUAGUGAAGCUAAUGAGAAGUCCCCUGAAACAAUCCUCGAGCAUGAUCGAAUAAUUUGGCUCGGGGAUUUGAAUUAUCGUAUUGCUCUCUCUUACCGGUCUGCCAAGGCACUUGUUGAAAUGCAGAACUGGAGAGCAUUGUUAGAAAAUGACCAGCUAAGGAUAGAGCAAAAAAGAGGGCGCGUUUUUAAGGGAUGGCAUGAAGGAAAGAUUUACUUCCCACCAACAUACAAGUAUUCAACUAAUUCAGAUAGGUAUACAGGGGAUGCUAUGCACCCAAAGGAGAAAUGUCGAACUCCAGCUUGGUGUGACCGGAUACUGUGGUACGGAGAAGGUAUUCAUCAAUUAUCUUAUGUCCGUGGGGAAUCUAAGUUCUCAGAUCACAGACCGGUUUAUGGUAUAUUUUGGGCUGAGGUUGAGUCAAGCCGUGGUCAACUUAAGAAGAGCAUGAGUUAUUCUAGUUCGAGGAGGAUUGAGGUAGAGGAGCUUUUGCCGUAUGCGCAUGGAUACACCGAGCUAAAUUUUUUCUAAAGGAGGUUACGACCUGCAUUCAAUGAGCUUAAAUAUCAAUUGGCAAGAAUUUCAAUGUGCUUCUACCCAUCAGCAAUAAUUUGUCUUCUGAAUCAAUCAGGUAAAAUUCACUUUGAGGAGAUCCAUUUUUGAGGGUGAUAGAGACAUUCCUUUGCUCACUAACCAAAAAAAGGUGUAAACUUAACUAACUUGAAUUCCAACUCAAUCAUAACAUGAUGUCAGCUUACAACAUUCCAAUCUCAAUGCAACUGAUUAACAAAAAAGUCCACUUCUAAUCCAUCUCGAAACAAGCUCCGAUAGUUCUCCACAGGAAAAGAAGUUGAGAGAGGGUACUUGAAGAUUGUUUUAUUCAUGAUUUGUUUAGUUUUAGGGGAAAUAUUCUUUUGAUGAACUAAAGAAAAGAUGAAAGUAUGGUCAAAUAUAUAAUCAUUAUAUGUUUGUUAACUUUUUGUUUUAAAUGCAAAGAGAAGUAAAGGGUUUUAUGGAUACUUACCAAAGUGAUAGAAGAAUUAAAUGUAAAGAGAAAAAACAAAAGUGAAAAAAAUAGAAUCAGAAUAUGCUUUGUUUCUUCUCCA